GAUUCCAUCAGGGGAGGAAAAAUAUUAAUUUAUGACGACUUUAUGUUCCGAAUAAAUCGGAAGGGAACUCAAAAAUUGUUCUGGAAAUGUACAAAACUAAAUUGCAAAGCAAGCAUCAUUACAAUGAACGGAACUGCACAAAAUAUUAAAAAUGUCCACAACCAUGAGCCACAGACAAAUGAAAAAACAAGAAAAGUCUUUUAUAACCAGCUGAAGAAAAGGAGCAUAGAUGAACCAACUUUACCAGUGCCACAAAUAUAUAGACAGGAAUUGGCUAAUUUUGCUGUGUCGGAAGAAGUUGCAUCAUGCCUGCCUGAUGAAAAGCUUGCUCAUUACUCAAUGUACAAAGCUAUAGCCACGGUAAGGCCGCCACUGCCCAAAACAUUGUAUGACAUUAAAUUGGAAGGACAAUGGACAGAAACCAGAAAUGGGAAGAGCUUUCUUCUAUUCGACGUCUUAGAAAACGGAAACAGAGUAAUGGUGCAAGAGUUGGGCCUGGUAAAGAACUAUGUAAAUAGUGAGGAGACGCGAACAUGGAUCUGUAGGAUUAUUGCCCUUCCGCUAGUGCCAAUGGAUGAAGUAAGUGAAGCUUUCCUCCUGCUUCUUGAAGAUGCCCCACAGCAAACAAGAGCAAAAUAUGUUUAA